CACACACACACGCACGCACGCACGCACGCACGCACGCACGCACGCACGCACGCACCAUUGUAAUGUCCGCCCAGUCGUGUGGCUAUAAAUGAACAGCUUCUUCGGAAGUCGAUUGUCAUCCUUAGCUUGUGGAAGUGCCUUGACACAAACAUCGUCUGUCAUCGUCAGACAUCGAGGAGGCGUCGACCGAAUGAGGAAGACAGCGUGUCUUGUAGCUUUACUGACACUCGCCACACUGUGCUCAGCUCAGCCCGACGACAAAAGACGACAUGAAGAAACUAUCAGAGUUACAGACAUUAUGUUACGGGAGAAGUGCCAACGGAACCCUGAGUUAGAUUUCUGUGUGGACAACCCACCUGACCCCACAGUUGACAAGCAAGACUUCAGUCGGAAUGUCCGUCAUCUGUUCACCCACCAACGACUUCGCCAUCGGGUAGCCGCCCUUGCUGACCACACAGUUGACAGGCGAGACUUCAGUCGGAAUGUCCAUCAUGUGUUCACCCACAAACGACUUCGCCAUCGGGGAGCCGCCCUUGCUGACCACACUGACACUGAUCCUGAUGGGAUGUAGAUGUCAACACCUACAUCAUCUCUACCUGAUCUGCUGACUACAUUAUUCAAUAUUGGUCAUUACCUUUCAAGAUAUCGCUUGGCAUUUGCAAUGUUGCAA